AUGGAGGACGAGUGUGACGUCAACAAUGGCCAGAACGCAUUCAUGUCGAAAGCAGGGUGGAUGCAGAAAAGAAAGGAGCAGCAAAACACGCAGACAAAGCCGAAUAUAAAAUGCUACAAAUGUAACAAAUACGGACAUUACAAGUCUCAGUGCAGCUUUGCACAGAAGAAGGAGAGAACCAACGCCUUCAGCGCAGUUUUUCUUAGUGGAAAUUAUAGCAGCAAAGAAUGGUAUAUCGACUCUGGUGCCAGCAUGCAUAUGACGAGAAAUAAAAACUGGCUCAAAAAUGUUUCCGACAAACGCGAAAUUGAAGAAAUCCUAAUAGCUGAUAAGUCGAAGAUUUCUGUGGAAUGCUCUGGUGAUCUACAACUAACAACAUUGGUGAAUAGUACCGAAUUCGUGAUUCCAGUAACAGGUGUGUUAUACGUUCCGAGUCUUGCUACAAAUCUCUUAUCUGUUAGUCAAUUAAUAAAAAAGGGCAACAAGGUUUUUUUUGAAAAGAAUUACUGUUAUAUACGCAAUCAAGAAAAUGUAAUAGUGGCUAAAGCGGAAUUAGAAGAAGGUAUAUAUAGAGUGAAUGUCAAAGAAGUUGGAUGUUUGCUUGCGCCUAUUUCUGGAAGUGUAUGGCAUAGACGUUUCGGGUACUUGAAUAUCAGUGAUCUUAACGCUAUGAAAAAUGGAGCUGUAAUAGGCAUGUCGUACACAGACAAACCCCAGACGGGUAAGAACGAUUGUAUUGUUUGCUGUCAAGGAAAGCAAACAUGGUUGCCGUUCACACAUAAGGGAAACAGAAGUCAAAAGUUGCUUGAGGUAAUACAUGCCGAUAUUUGUGGUCCUAUGGAAA